AUGCACACCAACGUUCGAUCAAUCGUUGUUUCAGACGCAGAGUCGACGAGCGCACCGCCAGUCCCGCCGAGACGCAAGAAGCGGAAAACGACGCCUGCGGCAAUUGCGAAAUCUCCUCUUUCGCGAGAAACGUCACCAGCGACGGGCCUCAAGAAGUCGGAUAGAAAGCGUUUGGCGCCUCCUCCGCCGCCGCCGCGGACAGCUCGAAGAAUCAAAUCUCGCAAAGAUCAGACAGAGAAAAGGGUUUCAAACGACUCGGUAAUCGACAAUGUAGAAGAAACGCUGAACAAUCCUGGUUUCAUCGAAGCGGAUAGAACUGAUCUGCGGUUCGAAUCCGCUGAUUUAAUAUCGACGAAGGAAACGAAUGACGCCGGAAAUGACAUGGAUGAUAGGAACAAGUCAGAUUAUGUUACGGAUUCACCGAGAGCACGACCGUUUCCUAUUUAUGAGACUUUCGCCAGGAAGGAGACUAAUAAGUAUCCACCGUUAUUCUUUACCCUACACGAUUUUCAGAACGUGAUGUCCAGCACGUUGCAGCACGAGGAUGACUCGGACACGAAGUCGUCAGUCGAAUUGGAGACCCCCUUUAACAAUUCUUUUCACGGAUCCUUCGGAAAUUCGCUGGACGACGAGGAGAACGAACUCUGUUUCCGUGUCACCACUACAAAUUUACCGUUUGAGAGGUGUUUGGACAGAUGGACCGCCACGUUUGCAGACCACUUUAUCGAAAAGCUCGACGAGUCCAAUCGUUUCAUUUUCGAGGAUUACAUCGACAGAAGCAACAAGGUAAACGUUCGGCGAUCGGCUGGCCCGAUGUGCUAUGAAAGCUUCGAAGAGGAGUCGUCGGCUCCUCGUUUGACCAAGGUGAGAUUCGUGAUUGAAUCACCGAGCUCUUCUACGCCGGAUCUUGAUUUGGACGACGACGGGGAAGUCAUGUGUGAUAGUUUGCGAAAUAUUGAUUCUUUAGUAGACGAGGAAGUCAGCUGGCAUCAUGGAUCCUCCGUACAGUUGACCGAGAUUACUGAUGACGUGGUUUGCACCGAAGAAGCGAAGAAUACGGAGGAAGUGGAAAAUCGCCGGGGCUCGAAUGAAUUUGACGUCGUUCCUUUGACCUCCAUUUUGAAGAUACGAAGCGAUUCGACCAGCUGGCUAUCUUUGGAAGAUGACUCUAACAUCAUCGAACUGGCUGAUACGGAACCGUUCUUCGAGUGUGAAAUAACUCGGAAUGAUUCGAGGGAUUCGUUUCAUAGCUCCACCUCGCAGGAUUUGCAAAACGAGAUGUUUCAUCCGUUGGGCGAGGAAAAAUUGAAAAUCGCGGAGGUCAGCAAAGCUUGGCUGAGCUUAAUUAAACCGAAAAUUGAAUGCGCUGUAGUGUUGACUGAGAUUAAAGCCGAUUGCUCGAAUGAAAAGACGCAAUUUGAGAACAGUUCGUUAAAUAAUAUUAAUAAAAAUGAAAGCAACAAUUCAGAAGCCGCAGACACGAAUAAGAUUGAAAAUGACGUGGAAGAGAAACCAAUGUUGAGUAAACUAAAUGCUAACGUGGAUCGAAAAGUUCAAAUUGGCGAAGAAAAUAUGAAAGUUGUCGAACAAAUGUCGGAAACAGAUGAAGUUACAGAUCUUGACUAUAAAUUGGUAAUAAAUAAAACAGUCAAUAAUAUUGCGAAAGUAGACUCAGUAUCAAAUGAAGUAAAGACAGAAAUCAUCGAAGAACCAACAGAAGGUGAUAAACAGCUGCAUACAAUAAAUGAUCAAAUCGAUAAAUCAACAAAGGAAUAUAGAAGAAAAAUAUUCGUAAAUGAAUCGCUACGAAAUAUGUUAAAUCAUCACGAUUUCUCGUCGAAUGAAUCCGAAGAGCAGAAUUCAAGUUUCGAAGAAAAUUGUACUAUUCCUUCUAACAAUGAAGAAGAUUCUCAAGAAAUAACAACCAACGAGACUAAUAAGGUAGAAUAUAAUAAAGAUUUGCAAGGAAAUUCCGUAGCAAAAGGACGUUUUGAACGAAAAGAAAGUAUCAAUGUUCCUGUAAACAUUCGAAGAAAUUCUUUUUUGGAAAACAUGCUUACCAAAGAUUCAAAUCAAAUUUGGACAAGUUACGAAAUCGUUGAUGCUCAUUCAAAAAUGUCCUCAUCAAUACUUGACGAACAGAUUUCAGAAAGCAAAGAAGAAAAUAAAAUUGCAAGUAGAUUGAACGAUUCAAUAAACAAAGACCCAGAGAUUCAACAUAUCUUACAAGAAUCAAGAGCAUCGUUAAAGAAGAUAGAUACCGGUUUUCCAAAGUCAACCAGUCCUAUGAUGAUUUCUCGAUCAAAUGAGAAAAAUCCUAGUGAUGUAAAAAGCAAUGUGCUGAACGAAUUGUUGUCUAAUUUUAACAACAUCAAAUUGAAACCAGUGAACAUCGAAAAGAAAAUCAUCGACAAAACUAUUUCUGAAAUGACUGGUUCCACUCAACGAAAUGAAAGUGAAGAAAACGUUGAACAGAGCUUAGAAGUUCGCAAAGAAACUUCAAGAAAAUCAUUCAGUUUGCAUGAUGAGAUAACUAAGGAAACCAGACACGGAAUUACUGAUCCAGAAACAGAAAUGUUUUCUCCGGAACCAGAAGAUCAACUUGUUUCUUCAACGUUCGAAAUUUUAAAUUCCAAAGAUCAUGACAAUAAGAUAGACCAAGAAUUACAAGAAAAAUUGGACACCUGUUUCAGCUCUUCAAACAACUUGGCUAGCGAACCAGAACUGGAAAAAACAGCGAGAUUUUCAGUAAGUCCUAAUAAAUUGUCAGAGCCAAAUCUAUAUAAGGCCAAGGUAAUCGAGAUCGAAGAUUCUUCGGAAUCAUCGGAAAUCACAACAGAAAAUCAUGUCAGAUCGAAAGAAAGCUGUGUAGAUAAGAAAGUGUCUAUUGAAAAUAAGAUAACCGGAGGAAUGGAUAUUAUCACGAAACCUCCGAAAAGUGAAAAGACUGACGUAAUAGUUCACGGACAUGAAGAUCGUGAUCACAAAGACGAAGAAGAUUCGAACCAUGAUCGAGGUUCGACCGUUCAACAGUUAGAUUUAAGAAGCAGGAGGAUGGUUAGCGGCGAUAAGAGUGCCAUAGUUAGGAGAAUCCCUCUACCCCAUUGUAAUAAUAAUGACAAUAACAGGGCAGUAACACCCGUAGCUGUAAGUGACGACCAAUCCCGUGACACUGUAACAAUAACCCCUGGUAGAGUUAGGAGCUUCGUUAGGUACUACGAGAUUCGACGCGAGGCGACGACUGACAAAGAUUCUAAAGCUAACGAUAGAGAUAAAAUAGAUAGAGAUAAGAUUGUUGGACACCAGUCGGUAGUCAGCAUCUGUAGAGGCCUGGAAGCGAGAGCUGUCGAGACUAAAUCUCUCGAUCCGAAGAAAGACACUGUUUUAACGUUGAUGGAGAAGAAUUCAGAAAAAUCAAUCGGAUCAAUGCCAACGGAAGGUACUUGCACCGUGGACAUGGAUCAGUUUAGUAACAAGAAGUCUAAUUGGUUCGACGAUCGUGCCGAAGGAAUGAAAGCCGAUACGGAAUGGAAGAAACAGACUGAUUCGUCGCAAGAAUCUUGCGGCGAUUUGUACAUGCAGUCCGGUAAGAACAAAAGAAAGAAGUCGGUGAAAUUUCAAGGUGGAUUCACAGUGAUCGGUCCGAAAAGUCCUGACAAAGAUGGUUCCAUGGGGAAUUCCGCGAGUCAAGAUACGAGAACUGAAAAGCAAAAAACUCCCGACAGACCGACACUGAAAGGAGCCAUUUUCAGCGGGGAAAUGGAUCUUCGAGGCACCGAGGAAUUGGUGGACGAUGACUCACGAAUCGAGAAACGAGACGUUGCUGCUCAGGUUAGUAAUUGGGUUAAUUGGAUGUGUAGGAUAACACUUUGCGUGAUCACAAGAACCGUAUUUUUGUAGUAUUUGUAGAAAGUAUAUUUUGAUUAUUUCUGUUGGUAUUUGUUAUUAAUUUAAAUGUAUUUUGUGUAUGAAAUAGAAAUAUUUUUAAAAACAUUGUGAUUAUGAUGUAACAUUAUUAGGUUAUUAGAGGUGGAGAAUCCAGUUUCGUUUGGGCAUGAUAAAAGAUUCUCUUUUCAGCGAAAUAAAUUUCUGAAAUUAUGAUAUUCCUUGUUUUUUCUCUACAUGUUAUAGAAUUCUGUUUGUAUAGAAUAAUGCAAUUGUAGAUUAAGCUUCUAGAAAAGAUAUUUAGUAUUAUUAACGUGCUAUUUUGUAUAGUAUUUUAUGGACAAGAAAUUGAGGGAAUGUUACUUAAAUAACGAAAUUUAAGAUAAAAAUAAAUAUCGGUCGUAUUAACACUAGAUUGCCUAAAGCAGUCAUUUUGACUACUUUUCAGUUUCAAUUAGAAAAACAAUUAUGUAUAGACUGAUACAGCUUCUUAGAAUGUUGUGACUUUUUGUACAACAUAUAAAUGCGUUUAUUAAUAAUUGUAGUUACCUCCCCCCUCCUUCAUUUCCGGUAUAUAUAUAUGUGUUGUACCUAUAUUGCCCCAAAGCAGUCAAAAUGAAUCAAAGUUUCAGUCUUUCUAGUGUUAAAUUAUGCCCAUUAUUCAGUAUAUAGUAAGAAACAUAGUUACAUAUAGCUUGAAUAUGGCUAUGUUCCGAAUCAAUUUAUAAUUAUUAUAAUUCCAUAAUUAGAAUAUUACGAUUGAACAUUUAUCCAUAUAAAUGUUUAUAAAAAGGAAAUCACUUCCGAUCUUGAAGACCUUGAAAUAUUUUAUCAAGUCAUUCUGGGUCAUUUGUCGUCAUUCAUUAAGUGAACAAAGAACCUAUGGAUAAAAGUAUAUUAUUUUCUGGACUUUAUUUGUACUUAAUAAAGUAUAUAGCAAGUCUAAUGUCCUUGUUUACCGUUUAUACUGAAAUUUAUCGAUUUCUCUUACAGCUCUGUACGGAACUGACUCCGUAUUAUAUCAUUUCUCGACAGAAAGUAUGACUCACACUCGGUACUGUAUUAUGAUUAUAUCUGUAUGUAAAUUCAAUAAACAAAUUAAAAAAAACUGUCUACCAAAAUUAUCCUGUACUUUAAUACAGUAAUAUGAACAAAUAACUGCGUGAGCUUUAGUCCUGUCAAUAUUCAACUGAGUAAUUCAAAGUGAGUAAUACGAAUAAUUAGUUUUCAUUUUCUUCUAACAAAGCAGGAAUAUUAUAUUUUUAAUAUAAUUUUUAAACUACAUGACAUUUGAUAAGCGUGCAAUUUUAGCGUCGAUCAUUGUUCUUUAUGAAGUAUUCACAUCUAGUCUAAAAGAUGUAAAUGAAAGACGCCAAUAUAAAAUUGUAUUGAACGCAAAUUCUGUCGAAGAAUGAUGAACAAUCUAAUCUCCGGUGAAAAGCUAAAAUCUUCAAGUUUAGAUGUUUUGAAUAAAAAAAUUAGAAUGUUUAUAUCAAAAGGUUUGAAUACAAAUUGUUUAAUAAUGGAAAACUCGACAUAUAGAAACUUUAUAUGAUACCUAGUAAUUUUCUAAGUGCAACGAGUUAAAGUAAGAAAACUUCAAUAGUUGAACAUGAAUUAACACUUAAAAGAAGAUAUCGAAUGAGCGGCUUUUAACACCCGCGAUAUGCAGUUAUAAAGUUCGAGAGGCCGAGAUAUCAAUGAAAAUUCGACUUCCAGAGAUAAAUUUGGACUUGAAGAGAUCAGGCUAUUCUAACAUCGAGAUACAGAGGUAAAAUACUGAAUUUGGAUAUAUAUAGCAAAUAAUUUGAAUUAAAGUUUUAUCCCGACGGUAAAGAUUUGUUCAUCGGUGCAGAAAAUAAUGACAAAAUUUUAGU